UAUUUUGCGCCUGCUUAAAAUUUUGAGCAAUUGUUUUACAGAACUUAGUGUGAUAUAAUUUGAUAAGGCGCUAUGGGGUUGAAGGAAUUUUUAAGACUGAAUGGAUUACUUAUUAGUGUUAUUCUUUUGUCUUUUAUUUAUACAUGUUCCGCAAUCAGCUGUUAUGAGUGCAACAGUGCAAAUAAUUCAAUGUGCUUGGAACCAAAUAUAUACGACAAGGAGAGUGUGCAGCGAUAUUUAAAGAUCACCAACUGUGAGCAGAAGGUGCCUCGGGGCCAAACCAAGGAGCAGAUGUUCUGCAGGAAGAUUAUUCAGACUAUUCUCCACAAAGGCCACGACACUGAAGUGAGAGUGACGCGUGGAUGUGGCUGGGUGAAGCACCAUCGCGAUUGCUAUAAGGCAGACAAUGAAGACCACCUGGAAACCGUCUGCCAAUGUUUCACAGAUGACUGUAACUCCGCUGCAAUGAAUACAGCUGGGUUGUUGAUACCAAUUAUAGUUUUUAAGAUGUUUAUUUAAUAAACUGUUAUUUUA